AUGGUGGCCGCUUUAUCGUAUUUGCCUACCGAACUUGUCCAAAGGAUAUUUGAGUUCACCGUGGUGGAAACAGACUCUCAAUAUUGGCUAUACAAUUUAGUGACUCUAAUCGACUUUUCAGUCUUUUCGAAGGGUGGUGGGCCUAUAACAGAGAAUUUCUUGACGAAUUACGUCAAGAAGAACUUGAUGGUUUUAGAUCUGACCUGCGAGGCUACACAAAACUCAAUUUUACGAUCGGAGUACGGGUUUCUGAAGAGGUUGUUGCCAUACAUUGAUAUGAACACGCAAUAUAUCAGAGUAGUUGAUUUGAAGACCAAUGCUAACGAGAUCCGGAAUUUCAAAACAGAGAAACUUGUUGUUCUGUUUGAUGAAUUUUCUGAUUUGAAACUUAUAGAAACCUUUUUCCCCUUGGCUAAUUCUAGUUCAAAUAUAAUCGAGUUCGUGUUUUGUGCUCGUGAUGUAAAGAGUUCGUUUUAUUCGCCUUUGGAAAAAUUGCAUACUGCGAACAUCGUGGCAGAUAUUGAUAUUAACACAUUGUAUCUGGAUUUUCUGGAUUCCAAUGUUUAUUCGGAUCAAAAUUUCUUUGGGAUUUUUGAUCCAGAUAUUUUCCAGCUGAUUAAUAAAGACUAUAGAAACUUCUUUUCCAAGACUAGCGAAAAGGGGAAGGGAAGACCCCCCGUUUGCAAGAAAAUCUGUUUCCCCUUUGUUGAAACAUUGAAUUUGGAUUAUAUGGCCCUUGAUUCAUUCUUUAGUUCGAUAUUGCAUAAACUAACAACAAAGAUAAAAACGUUUGAAAGAAAUAACGAGUUUGACGUGGAUAAAAACUUAAAUUUAAACUCGACAACGACAGUUGCAGCCCUAAUUAUCAAGUCGAUCUUGCGACAAUUCUUCAACAAUUUUGAUAUCAACUUCCCUAAUUUGGUUACCUUAAAUUUUAUCAAGAUAUCUACUUACCCAAACAGUAAUGAGAUUACUCAGUGCUGUAACUUCAUAGAUUUAUCGUCAUAUGUUCUAAACAAAUGUUUAAGUGAAAAUAUUUCGAUAAAUUUCCUCUUCCAACUGCACUCUUUGAAAAAUUGGUCAAUGCCCAAGAUUAAAGAAUUCACUGGUCACAAAUUCAAGUAUGACGAAACAACCUCUUCAGGUUCACCAGAAAGAUAUAUCAAGUCAUUGAGGGGGAACAUUAAAAUUUUGCAAGAAAUGGCAAUUAACGAAACCAACGAUGGCACUUGCUAUUUUAGGGUGAAGUUGAUACCUGAGGGGGUGGAAAAAACUCAAAUCAUCAACUGGAUUCCCUUCACUUCUUCGUUUGGCGAUGGCACCGCCAAGCAAAGAUACGAUCUAAAAAGGCCAAUGAUUUGCUUGAAAAAUAACUCGCUAAGAUCGCUAACUGUCAAAAUCAUACGUAUUGAAAAGUGUUCGUCCAUCCGAAUCCAAGGGUUUUACCUACCAAAUCUAAAGGAAUUGUUCAUCAACAAUACCCUUUGCGAUACCGCCCAACACCAAAAACAAGCGUCAAAUGAUAUGAGUUGUAUAGAGUUCACAUCAUGGAAUGAACUACCACAAUGCAAAAAACUGGGGUUUGCCCAAUUAAAAGACCACUCUAAUUACGUUCUUAAUAUCAGUAACCUACAAGACCAUCUACCAAAUUUAGACCUCCGGGAGAGCUUUUCAACUUUCUUCGAUGUAAGGCAGAAAUUUGUUGUAGUCUGA